AUGGAGGAGGCCGCCAAGUCAAUUGAGAUCCUGACCAAACAUUACCUACCCUUCCAAUCACCCUACUGUCUGUCGCUCUCUACGACGCGCCGAUACAGACCCCAUCCAGACGAGAAGCGACUGGAAGAACAGGACGUCAGACCCCUCCAGUACACCACAUUUCUCAAUCCCGAGGCCGAUCGUGGCGUUCUCAUAACACGGGCCCAUUUUGACGUUCGAGAAGAUCCUACGCGCGUCAACAAUGCGCCCACUACAACACCACUACGAAACGACCCUAACAAGGUCAAGAAGAAGGUGUCUCUGAAGGAUUACAAGAACAGAAAGACAGACGGAGACUCGCCGCCCAAGACAGGUGGGCCGUCUGACAAACUCGCAACACUGAAAGAGAAAGAAGCUCCGAAGAAACUGCCAGAGCUGGCCGCGACAGAGAUGGACGGCCAUCGUGAUGCCAAGAGCACAACGAACACGAAACCCCUGGCGCAUCGUCAGCGCACCCCAUCUCCCGAUCGCAAGAGACGAGUCGCAGAUACCGAAGAAAGCCUUAAACCAGCCAAACGCUUAAAGGUGGGAGAUGCGACACCCAGUAACGCAGGCGCACGCCCUUCAAAAGAUACGACGCCUCAAAAGAAUGGACGCAUUGUCUCCUCAACGAAAUCUGACGGCAAGGACUUGAAGCCACAACCAGUCACCAAUGGUCGAUCAGCAUUGAGCAACUUGGGCAAGAGUGGCGCCUCCCCAAAGCCUGCGUCGCAAGUCAAUGGCUCCCAGAAGCACACAGCGAGUAGCGUGCACAAGAAGGUGGAUAACACGAGUACCCCGAACUCGAGAUCUCUACCACCGCUACUCUCACCCACGUUAGCCGCCAAUGUGUCCGACCUCGUGAAGGAGGAUGCCAAGUCUUCACGCCCAAGUCCUAAGAAGAAACCGGCAGAGACGAACAGCCUGAAACCUCAACCUAAGAAGCUGCGUGAUGAUCGCGAACCGUCUCCUAGCUCGAAGAAGCGGAAGAUCCCACCCCUACUGUCGCCGACGCUGCCAGCCAUGGUCAUGGAGGAGUUAGCCAGGGUAGAGAAGCGGACUCCUUCGAAAGAGCCUGCGCCCAGAAGCAGUCAAGUCUCUGAUUCAUCUGGCAGCAUCAAGAAACCUGCGAAGCCGUCGAAGCAUGAAGACACCAUCCACGUCGACAGCAAGAAAGGUGAACCUGAUCAGCACAUGGUCACCAUCAAGUAUAAGAAACGGAUGGCAAAGACCAUUGAACGGCUGCUCGCGUUGCCGCCGGGCGGGAAGAAGAAGGCUGAAGCCUUGAAGGACCGCGCUGCUGGUGACCGUGCCGGAAGUGUGGAACCCGGCACAGCACGCAAGCGUCCGCGUACCGCGACGGAUGUUAGUGAAGCCUCCAAACGGCCCAGAACCUCCGACAGUCUUCGGCCUUCUACCCCUCCGAGACAGGCAACAUCCAUGACACGUGUGGCCUCAAGCAGCUUUCAAGCUGGUACUCCCGGUGUGACAAACAGCCUCACACCAGCCCCUCAAGUGCCUGCCGAGCGACGGCGCCCACCUGACCCGGACACAAUGCACAAGGUGCACGCACUGCAAGCCGGGCACAAGUCCUUCAUGGAGCUUGGCACAAAGCUCAAACACGAGCGAGAUGCCAUCUUGAAAGCCAGGAUGCCCGAGAAUGACCGCGAACGCCAGGUAGCGAUAGCAGCCGGUGUCCAAUCGCUGCUUGCAUACAUGCAUGCCGUCAAGCUUCAAAGUGACGUUUUUGACCUACAACGCCAGGUCCGCCGGCCUCAGCCUUGGAAGGAGGUGCUUGCAUUGUUCCGGGUCAUCAGGAAUGAUUGCAGCAGACACAACCAACUGAGUGCCCUUCUCCUGCGUAUCCAGGGCAUCUGUCUCGUUUGGCUCGGUCGAUCUAUGUGGUUCUACACGAACGAUCCAGACGUCAUGAAGGAAGCCAACGCGAACAGCAAAGAGCAAUACGAUAUCUGGCGACUGGCCGACCACGCACGAAAAUCUAUGGGCAUUCAUGACGACAGCCCCGAAUGGAGCGAUGGAGGGGCAGUUGGCAAACUCCUUGAUCGCCUGGGUCCUUGGACUAGCCCUGAUGAGUCUAUACCAAUUGCUCUGGCAGUACUCCGCAAGAUCAUCCGCAUUGAUGGCUCUUGGAAGCCAGCGGAAGAGUUGGUCAAUAUUGGCCGCUUGGCAACAAACGGCGUCCCAAACUGA